AUUUCUAUACCACAAGCGAUAACCCCGAGCUACACUCGGGCUUACCAUGCGGCGCUGCUCUGGGGGUCCCUGCAGCACUUACCUUGUCCUUCGUUCCCACGAUGUGUCCCCUGCAGCGUCCCCGGCCAUCUCCUCCGGCCGAUGCCGGCAUCCGGCUUCUGUGUUCCGGUCCCCGUGACGUCGGGACGUACGGGCGCCGCCGCCGGCGGCGGCGGGAAAUUUAAAAAAUUUAAAAAAUGUCAUUUUUUUUUUUUUCAAUUUUAAAUAUGCUUUGUCCGGCGCCCUGCCUGCAUUUUGUCUGUUCUUUCUG